AGCGGCCUCCGCACGCCCGGAGCCCUGGAGUCCCUCUGGGCGGGCGGGAGGCAGGCGGACGCGGGAAGGGGCUCCCUGGAGGCGACGCCGGCUGCCGGCUGACCAUAGAGAUGCGGCGGCCGCCGGCCCGGCCGGGAGCACUUGAGAGACCACAGCACACGAGUUGGUGGUGAUGACAGACCGUGUUGGACUCACAGCCAGCCAGCAGCACUGCAGAGAUGGAUGGACUGUGCUCUGAGUUACUGCUGAUCCGCCCACCCCUCUCUAACCCGGGAACCCUGGAGCCCGCCCAGAGCCCCUGCGCCUCCGGGAACCCCACACCUUUGCCCGCUGACCCGGGCUGCCUGCUGGUGGAGGCCACGGCCACCGAAGAGGAGCCCGGGAGCGUGGAGAUCAUUGUGGAAGCAGUCGGCGGGAACCUGUCCUCAGGCGCUCCUGGAGCCAGCCCAGGUGUCCUGGUAAAGGUGGUGGAGGUGUACUUCUGUGAGCGCUGUGAACAGAGCUUCGCAGAGCCCGCUCUGCUGGCCCUGCACCAGUGCGCCGAGCCCCCCCCACAGCCUGUGCAGGGCCCCGCUAGCCCCCCAUGCUCUGCAGAGCUCCCCGUCAGCCACCUGCCUCUCCCGGGCCCCGGGCAGGCCCAGGGCCCCUCCAGUGACCCCCUGCCUUGCCCUGUGUGUAGACAGGAGUUUGCCCAACCCCAGGCCCUGAAGAGCCACUUCAAGAUUCACCGGGGCCCUCCCGACACCUUCUCCUGCCCAGAGUCUGGCUGCGCGUUCUCUGCUGACGACCGGAAGGGUCUGCGGCAGCACCUGAGACAGACCCACAGCGCGGCUCCUGUGCCCUGUGCCUUCCGGGGCUGCCCCCUGCUCUUCGGGAGCCAGCGGGGCAUGGAGCUGCACCGGCAGGCCCACUACCCUCUCCACUGCCGCCAGUGUGGCUUCCUGGGCUCCAGCGUCAGACUCUUCCGGCAGCAUCAGCGCAGCCACGGGGCCGGGUCACAGGGAGAACCGUCGGCCACUACGGACCCUUCAUCCAAGGAGCUGCCGCCAGCUCCCCAGCGGCCCCCAGGAGGGGGACAGCCUUCAGAGGAUGCAGGUACACCCUUGCCCAGGCAGGAGUCGGCUGAAGAGAACAUGGAGGAAGAGGAAGAGAGUGGCACCCUCAAGGACUCCCGGAAAGCCCCGGAGAAAGGCCAGGGGGCGCAGCAAUUGGAAGGGGAUGUCGCUCUUGGCACCGAGCCCCUCUUCAAGACCCACAUGUGCCCGGAGUGCAAGCGCUGCUUUAAGAAGCGGACCCAUCUGGUGGAGCAUCUCCAUCUGCACUUCCCGGACCCCAGCCUCCAGUGUCCCAACUGCCAGAAGUUCUUCACCAGCAAGAGCAAGCUCAAGACCCACCUGCUGCGGGAGCGGGGCCAGAAGGCCCACUGCUGCCCGCUGUGCAGCUACAGCGCCGUGGAGAGGAACGCGCUCAGCCGCCACAUGGCCAGCAUGCACGGGGACAUCUCCAGCGUCUACUCGGACACCUACGCCUGCCCCGUGUGCCGGCAGGAGUUCCGCCUCAGCCAGGCCCUCAAGGAGCACCUCAAGAGCCACACGGCGGCCGCCGCGGAGCCGCUGCCCCUGGCCUGCUUCCAGGAGGGCUGCAGCUACGCGGCGCCCGGCCGCAAGGCCUUCACGCGGCACCUGAGGGAGAGCCACGGCGUGCGGGCCGUGGAGUGCCGCCACCACGCGUGCCCCAUGCUCUUCGCCACCGCCGAGGCCAUGGAGGCCCACCGCAAGAGCCACUACGCCUUCCACUGCCCGCACUGCGACUUCGCCUGCUCCAACAAGCACCUGUUCCGCAGGCACAAGCAGCAGGGCCACCCUGGCAGCGAGGAGCUGCGCUGCUCCUUCUGCCCCUUCGCCACCUUCAACCCCGUGGCCUACCAGGACCACGUGGGCAAGAUGCACGCCCACGAGAAGAUCCACCAGUGUCCCGAGUGCAGCUUCGCCACCGCCCACAAGAGGGUGCUCAUCCGCCACCUGCUGCUGCACACAGGCGAGAAGCCUCACAAGUGUGAGCUGUGCGACUUCACCUGCCGAGAUGUGAGCUACCUGUCCAAGCACAUGCUGACCCACUCCGACACCAAGGACCACAUGUGCUCGGAGUGCGGCUACGUCACCAAGUGGAAGCACUACCUCCGCGUGCACAUGCGGAAGCACUCAGGGGACCUCAGAUACCAGUGCAAUCAGUGCUCCUAUCGCUGCCACCGGGCCGACCAGCUGAGCAGCCACAAGCUGAGACACCAGGGCAAGUCCCUCAUGUGCGAGGUGUGCGCCUUUGCUUGCAAGCGCAAGUAUGAGCUGCAGAAGCACAUGGCUUCCCAGCACCACCCUGGCAAGCCGGCCGCGCUCUACCCCUGUCGCUACUGCAGCCACCAGAGCCACCACAAGCAGGCCCUGCUGAGCCACGAGAACUGCAAGCACACCCGCCUCCGGGAGUUCCGCUGCGCCCUCUGCGACUACCGCGCCUUCAGCAACACCACCCUCUUCUUCCACAAGCGCAAGGCCCACGGCCACGUGCCCGGGGACCAGGUCUGGCAGCUCCGCUGUGCCAGCCGGGAGCCGGAGGAGGCCGGGCAGUGCCCCACGCCCCCGGGCUCCGAGGCCUCGGGCCAGCGGGACCCCAGCCCUGGGGCCGGGGCGGACCCCAGCGUCGAGCACGCUGUGCCGGAGGCCGGUGCCGGGAGCCAGGGUGGCAGGGACGUGCCCCGAGGGGACGGCCUGGUCGGCAGCCCCCGUCCGGCUGCAGCGGAGGUGGAGGAGGGCAGCUGCACACUGCACCUGGAGGCCCUGGGCGUGGAGCUGGGACCCGUGGCCGAGCCGCCUCUGGGGGAGAUGGCUGACACGGCCGCCGUGGAAUUCGGGCCCCUGAGACUGGAAGGGCCAGCUGGGACGCUGCCAGAGCUGUCUGCCUUCGAAGGUGCUGGCGCUUCUGGCGUGGGUGCCGAAGAAGAGCCCGUUCUGGAAAAGCCAGUCCCUGCGCCCCCCAGAGAUCCUCCUUCCUCCCAGGAAUCCCCCAGCAGCUGGGUGGGGACCUUCAAGCCAACACCGCCCGCUGAGGCGGCACCCCUGCCCCCGCUGCCUGAGUCGGAGUCCGUGCUCAAGGCCCUGAGGAGACAGGACAAGGAGCAGGCGGAGGCGCUGGUCCUGGAGGGGCGGGUUCAGAUGGUGGUCGUGCAGGGCGCGGGGCAGGCCUUCCACUGCCCACGCUGCCCGUUUGUCACCCAGCGGGAGAAGGCCCUGCGCCUGCACUCCCGGACUGGGUGCCAGGGCCGCCAGGAGCCCCUGCGGUGCCCUGAGUGUGGGGCUCAUUUCAAGCAGCAGCGGGGCCUCAGCACCCACCUGCUGAAAAAGUGCCCUGUUUUGCUCAAAAAGAACAAGGGAUUGGCCGGAACAGAUUCCCCUGUCCCUCUGCAUCCUCUGCCCCCGGGCACCCCCACCUCAGAGGCCGUGGAAGGCGGGGAGCCCCCGCCUGCACCAUCAGAAGCAGAGGCCGUGCUCCCAAGAGGUGCUCCGGAGCUUCCUGGGGAACCGGAGGAAACGGACGGGUCUCUGGCCACACUGUCCGGCUCCACAGAACUUCCUGCCGGAAACCCCUCCUCCCCAGAGGCCCCCGAGAAGUUCCACUUUGAACAGGGCAAGUUCCACUGCAACUCCUGCGCGUUCCUCUGCUCCCGGCUCUCCUCCAUCACCUCCCACGUGGCCGACGGCUGCCGCGGGGUGCGAGGCGGAGCGGGAAGGCGAGGGGCCGCCCAGGCCCAGCCUGUCGUGUCCCCGCCGGGCACUGGGGACCCCGUUCCUCUAAGCAGCGGGAGCACCGAGGGUGGCCCCGGGGCCGGGGGCCCAGCUCCGGUUCCGAAGCAGAAGGGGGCCCGCUUUUCCUGCCCCACGUGCCCCUUCCGCUGCCAGCAGGAGCGGGCCCUGAAGACCCACCUGGCCCGGGGCUGCCCCCUCGACCGGCCCGGGGAGCUGCGCUGCGGCCUCUGCGCCUUCACCGCCCCGGUGGCCGCCGCCCUGAGGCUGCACCAGCGGCGCCGGCACCCGCCCGCCGCCCCGGCCCGCGGCCCGCGCCCCCCGCUGCGGUGCGGCGACUGCGGCUUCGUCUGCAAGCAGAGCCGGUGCCUGCGGCAGCACCGGCGGCUCAAGCACGAGGGCGUGAAGCCGCACCAGUGCGCCUUCUGCGACUUCGCCACCACCAGGCGCUACCGGCUGGAGGCCCACCAGUCCCGGCACACGGGCGUGGGCCGCAUCGCCUGCAGCUCCUGCCCGCAGACCUUCGGCACCAACUCCAAGCUGCGCCUGCACCGGCUGCGGGUGCACGACAAGACGCCCACCCACUUCUGCCAGUUCUGCGACUACAGCGGCUACCUGCGCCACGACAUCGCCCGCCACGUGAGCAGCUGCCACCGGGGCCCCCUGGCCGUGGCCUGUCCGCAGUGCGAGGCGCAGUUCAGCUCGGAGACGGCGCUCAAGCAGCACGCGCUGCGCCGGCACCCCGAGCCCGCGCCGCCGGCCGGGGGCCCCGCCGGGGAGGCGGCCCCGGGGCCCCCGCGGCUGCAGUGCGGGGCGUGCGGGCAGGCCUUCCCCAGCCGGCCGGCCCUGGACGAGCACCGGCGGCGGCAGCACUUCAGCCACCGCUGCCAGCUCUGCGACUUCGCGGCGCGGGAGCGCGGCGGGCUGGUGCGGCACUACCUGCAGCGGCACGAGGAGCCCGCGGCCUCCGGGGGGCAGGCCGGCCAGCCCCCGCUGCGCUGCCCCUUCUGCGACUUCGCCUGCCGCCACCAGCUGGUGCUGGACCACCACGUGAAGGGGCACGGCGGCACCCGGCUCUACAAGUGCACCGACUGCGCGUACAGCACCAAGAACCGGCAGAAGAUCACCUGGCACAGCCGCACCCACACCGGGGAGAAGCCCUACCGCUGCCACCUCUGUCCCUACGCCUGCGCCGACCCCUCCCGCCUCAAGUACCAUAUGCGGAUCCAUAAGGAGGAACGGAAGUACCUGUGCCCUGACUGUGGCUACAAGUGCAAGUGGGUCAACCAGCUCAAGUACCACAUGACCAAGCACACAGGACUGAAGCCGUACCAGUGUCCCGAGUGUGAGUACUGCACCAACCGGGCCGACGCCCUGCGUGUGCACCAGGAGACCAGGCACCGGGAAGCACGGGCCUUCAUGUGUGAGCAGUGUGGCAAGGCCUUCAAGACACGCUUCCUGCUGCGCACCCACCUCCGCAAGCACAGCGAGGCCAAGCCCUAUGUGUGUAACGUGUGCCACCGUGCUUUCCGCUGGGCUGCUGGCCUGCGCCAUCAUGCCCUCACCCACACCGACCACCACCCCUUCUUCUGCCGUCUCUGCAGCUACAAAGCCAAACAGAAGUUCCAGGUUGUCAAGCAUGUGCGCAGACACCACCCUGACCAGGCAGACCCAAACCAGGGCGUGGGCAAAGACCCCACCACCCCCACAGUGCACCUGCAUGAUGUGCAGUUGGAGGACCCCAGCCCUCCGGCUCUUUCUGCUCCCCCAACUGGACCUGAAGGCUGAGCCCAUCCCACCUCCCAGGCAGAAAGAAAAUGUGGUCCAAAAUGUGCAGACUGGAACCAGAGCUAGCCUGAGAGGCUCAGAGUGAGGAAGGGCUGGCUUCGGGAUAUCAGGUGCUGGAACUCUCUUGAGACUCCGGCUACAGUAUUUUGAUGUCGAUGGCUACAUAAAAGAGAGACAUGAACUACAGACUGGUUUUGUGUUGAGAACCACUGUGUUUUUAACCUGUGAGGUCUUAAUUUCUUCACCAUCACUCCACCAAAGUCCGACUAUAAGGUCCUGGUUUCACCAAUUUCUCUUCCCUUUCCUUCUUGCUAUGUCAAGUCCUAUUUUCAUUUAACAUCCUCAAAACAAUUGUACUGAACUGCAUGUGCUGUUGUGCCUAAUGCUCUAUAAAGCAUCCUGUCUAACUGCAUGUGCUGUUGUGCCUAAUGCUCUAUAAAGCAUCCUAUCUAACUGCAUGUGCUAUUGUGCCUAAUGCUCUAUAAAGCAUCCACAGCCAAUAAGGAGGGAAUGUGCUGACUGCCACGCCUUCAAAAAUGGCGGUGCCCAGUCCCCUCAGCCCCACCAGUGCAUAAAUUUUCAUGCACCAGGCUUCUAGUGUUAAUAGAAUGCUUACUAGCUUA